CUUUCAAACUUUAAUUGCAAGAAGUGACAUCAGAUGUCUCCGGAGGAGACAGAGAGCGCGCGCAUGUGUGUGUUUGUGUGUGUGUGCGCGAGAAAGAGAAAGAAAGUAGCUAGGUUGUCGCUCACUAUCAAAACAAAAUAUGAAAGAGGAGGAAUUGUUGUCUGAACCGCAAGAGUACUCCGAUAAUAUGUCAAAUAUAGAUCUUGCUAUUAAUUUGGAAAGGCAAAAAUUCCCAUUUUGUAUAGUUUGGACACCUCUACCGAUUCUGACAUAUUUCUUACCGAUCAUUGGUCACGUGGGGAUUGCCACUUCUACCGGUGUGAUACGAGACUUCGCUGGCCCGUAUCACGUUGCGGAAGAUAAUAUGACGUUUGGAAAGCCCACGAAAUACUUGCAAUUGAACUAUACCAAAGCCAAAGGAGGCGUUCAGGGAUGGGAUUCUGCUGUCGCACAUGCGAGUGAAAUCUAUAAAAAUAGGAUGCACAAUUUAUGCUGCGACAACUGUCAUUCUCACGUAGCUACAGCGUUAGACCUAAUGUCCUAUGAUAAUUCGAAUAAUUGGAAUAUGGUAAAGGUUGCGUUGCUUAUGCUUAUUCGGGGAAAGUAUGUAAGUUUUUCAGGUUUUCUUAAAACUUGGCUGCCAUUUUAUCUUCUGGUGUUCGCCAUCACCUCGCUUUGUCUGGUACUACGAUAAUACACACGAUAUUUGUAUAAUACGUUUUCUCUCCUGUUCGUCAAUGACGUUCGCAAUCGAUUCGCUAUCAAACGUUGACAGGUGUAUGUCGCGUUGAAAGAAUCAAUCUUAAGUCUGGUGAUGCUUAAUAUUUAUUAAAAGCACUUAUUAACACAUUAAAAUUAUACAUCCGAUACAAAUGUACAAACAUAUAAUAUAGAGUAUACUUAAAAUUAUGGAUAAGUGCUAUGUUACAAACGCGCGUACAAAAACUUGAUCGCGUAUUUUCUUUAUCGAAUAAAUUUGUGCUCGUGCAUUAUCGAGCGUGGGUGAAGGUAA